AAAAACUUGAUGCAGUGCACAUAGUGCACAGUUCGGUUUCUGCUUGUUUUGCAUAGGUUAAGCGAUAUCUGUUUCUGGCCAUGUUCUAAAGUCUUUAUUCAAUUUUACUUGGAUUAAGUUUCUCCAUAGCAAAGAAAAUGAGCAGACCUGUGCCUACGCGUCCUCUACUCCGCUACGCAGAGCUGUCAAAAUUAGUUUCUCGUCUCAACAUACCUGUUCAUUGGCAUGUGAAACGAAUGAGAAACCCACAAGGGCCAGAGGGUCGCUUGAUAAAAUUAAGACAAACUGUCACAGCUCUUUUUAAGUACGAAAGGAUAGAAUUAAACUAUGCUCGGGCUGAUGAAGCCAGGGGUUACGCCGAACGGCUUAUUUCUGAGGCCAUCCGACAUGGCCCACAAUGUGAGGAAACUAUGGAGAUGGCAGAUUGGUGGCUUGAAGAGAAGCAACUUGUGCAUAAGCUAUUCAAAGUACUCGUGCCACGUUAUCAAAGCUAUCCCACAUCAUUCACUACCAUGUACAGGGCACCUUGUUGGUAUUUUUCUGAUGGAUAUCACCCUCAAUUGACUGAAGUAGAAAAAAAUCGAGAGGUGAAUGAAACAAUAUCGAUGCAUGGUGUUGUGCUUUUACAGAAAGCUGUAUUGGAGCUCAAAGGACAUCCCUAUCCUCCAAUGUUCCGUACACAUCAUUCUAACCCUCGCUUUAUUCAAAACGUUCUACUUUCUUCCGCCAAAGACUACUUGAAAUCAACACGAUCACAAUCUGCCAAAAGUAAUGACACUCCCGAUGUUUAACAAAAAGUAAAUAAGUAGAAGUUUCCCUUCGGAUAUGUAAAAUCAAAUUUAAAGAUGCUGGCCUUACAGAAAUCUAAUAUAUUGUAUCAUGAGUGAUGUGCAGCACAAUGCAUUUACACAUCUCGUUGAAUGUUUCUUUGUGUUUGUCUAUCAAGUGUUCUAAAAUAAAUGAAGUUCUUUUGUUGGAA